AUGUCGGCUAACGCACAUCGGGCCGCGGAGAUGACCAUCGCUGUUGUUGCGGGAACGAUUACUGAUGAUGUUAGGAUUCAGAAAAUCCCUAAACUAAAGGUGUGUGCCCUGAAGUUGACCGACCGUGCUCGCAGCAGGAUCUUGAAGGCUGGUGGACAGAUCAUGACCUUUGACCAGCUGGCACUUACUUCACCUAGAGGACAUGGCACCGUUCUGUUGUCCGGACCCCGUAAGGCCAGAGAGGUGUACAGGCAUUUUGGGAAAGCUACUGGAACCCCCCACAGCCAUACCAAGCCCUAUGUGCGCUCCAAAGGCAGGAAGUUUGAGCGUGCCCGUGGUCGCAGAGCCAGCCGAGGAUACAAAAAUUAAAGAUCUGUCUUUUUGUAUUCGAUAUUAUAAUGCAAAUAAAGAUUGGGUAAUAUUCCAAAUACA